CAAACCGUUCCGCCUCCAGUAACCCAAGAGAUUUGUUGAAAAUAUAUGUUAGAGACAGACUCUUGGACAACAAAGGUAAUAGUUUAUUUAAAGCAGAAAUUAUGUCUGGUGUUAAGUUAAUUGUUCUUAUUAAAAAAACAAGAAAACAGGGCUAAUGUUUACUAGCUUACAACCUGUUGGCGUAAAGAGCUCCUGUGUUUACAGUCACCCAGGUUUCUGGUAGCGUAAGUUUUUUUUGGCAGCUUGCUUCCUAAACAAAGCCAGACCUGCUUUUCUUUCAGCUUUCCACUUGUGGCCAUACAAUGGGCGACCAGAUGGUAACUCUAGUGAGGCUGUUCUUUAGUUAAACUCCACCGAGGCUCGACAUGCAGGAGUUGUUGUUCAGAUUAUUUGAAGAGAUCGAAGAGAAAAUUAAGCGAAGCAUGUGUCCAGCCUGAAGGAUCAGAUCCAGUCAACUGAGCUCUGCUACCAGAGUGUGGGACAGACACUAAGCCAGUAGGGAUGGAGUCUGCUCCUGCGAAAAAGAAAGCAGGCUGCGUGCGACAGGAGAACGCCUGCCUGAUCACAGAAGAGGAGCGGCUCCUCAGCGACCUGGAUUCCCUGCAGUAUGAGCCUGGAGUUUCCAAGCUGCAGGUCCAUCCCAGCCUCUCUAGGGUCAGGGUUGGCAGCACCGUGGCAGCCAUGAGCGAACACAUCCGCCAGCUGGAAGCUGAACUGGAGGCUCAGAGCGAGGAGCUGAGGGCCGCGGAGCUGAGGGCGCAGUGCUGCCAGGAGGCUGCAGCUCACAGCGACGCUGCGGUCGCCUCGCUGACGGAGGAGCUGCGGACGCUGAGAGAGGAACUGGACAGCAGAACAACAGUAGGAAAGAGAGCCGAGCAGCAACGGAACCAAGCCCUUCAAAACGCAGAGAAACUCAAAGAAGCUUUCAAAUAUUAUAAAGACACCAUUUCUGUUAAACUCCAAGAGGUGACGGAGAAUGAGAAAAAGCUGAAAGAGAGCCUGAUUGAGUCUGACCGAGAAAAGGAGGAGUUGGAGAUGAAGUUUUCUGCGUUGGAAAGGAAAAGAGCUGAGCAGAACCAGACCGUCGGCCAGCUGCAGGAGGAGCUGAGGCAGACCAAGGAUGCUGCUGCUCACCUUCAAGCCCAGGUGGACCAGCUGAGACACAAAGCCUCCCAGCUGGAGCAGCAGCUCUCAGAGCGGGGUGCAGAGUGCAGGGAGGUGGCCUCUCUGCGCAGGGAGGUGGAGGAGCUGCGGACUCUGACCCGUAAUCAGGAGCAGAACCUGACCCAGAGCCACAGAGAGGCUCAACAGAGCCGGGCUGAGCUGGCCAGCCUGGAGGCAAUGCUGGCUCUGCUGCACCUAAAGGAGGCUCCUGCAGGGCCAGUCUGCCCCAAUCCGUGCAUGCUGCCCCCAGUGGACUAUUUAGGAGCUGCACAUCUGCUGAAACUCAAACCAGGUGAAGGCUACCAGCAGCUGCUGAGGGUUGUUCAGGCCAAGGAGGCUGAGCGUCUGAAGCAGAAGAGCCUGAACGAGCGGCUCCAGGAGCGUCUGAGCAGGGCCCAGGAGGAGAUCUCCUCCCUGCAGAGCUCCAUGGCCCAGAGAGCCUCGCACUACCAGAGCCUCCACACAGAGCUGCAGGAGCGAGCCAGCCAAGCCACAGACGCACAGAAAGAGUUGAAAAGAAAAGGUGCCCGGGUCGCUGCGCUGGAGAAACAGCUGCAGGAGAAAAGCUCGGCGUACAGUCUGGCUGCUCUGAAGAACACGGAGCUGGAGAAUGAGCUGCAGGAAAGGAGCAGCAGCAUUCAGCACUUCCAGACCCUGUUGUCCAAAAAGCAGAAAGAGUACCAGCAGUCCAUGGAGCAAUGUAAACAGUCUCACUGUAACCAGCUGGCUGAGCAGCAGCAUCGGAUAGAAAUGCUGCAGCAGACUGUGGAGGAGGCCCGGUCUCAGGUGUUGGGGAUGCAGCAGCAGUUGGGUUCUCUUCAAAGGGAGCGAGACGAGGCUCAGAAAGCAGCUCUCCUGCUUCAGACCUCUGUAGAUCAGCUCGCCCAGGAGAACAAAGCAGAAGUUAGUCACAACCAGCAGUUGCUGCAGAGUUUCAAAGACCAGGCUUCGCUCUCUGCUGCCAAGAUAUCUGAGCUACAGUCAUGCCUGUCAGCGUGCAGAGAGGAGCUGAACCUGUACCUGCAGCAGAUGGACGAGAGCAAGAAGACCUAUGAGGCUGAGCUGCAAAGGAAGAAUGAAAAGUUGUCCUCUCUGCAGGAGAAGCUUCACAGCACCAGCCUGGACUGUCGGCACUCCAGUGAGCAGAACCUGGAGCUGCAGGUGUCUCUGCAGCAGCAGCAGACCAUGCUGACUGAGAGCACGGCUCGGAUCUCUGAGCUGGAGGAGAGCCAGAGCCAACUGCAGAGACAGGUGUCCAGUUUGGAGCUGCAGCUGGAACGCGCUCGUGCUUCUCUGCAGGACGAAAUCAGGGGCAGGGAGCUGGAGGCGCAGGCUGCUGAGGAGAACCUGCAGGAGAUGACCCAGCAGAACCAACAACUCUCCAAAUCCCUCAGCCAUCUGGCAUCAGAGAUGGAAACGUGUCGGGCUGAGCUGGUUUCUAAGGAGUCGGAGCUGGAGCACCUGAGGAGCCAGGUUGCCUUAAAGGCGGAGGAGAUGCUGGGCUUGGAGCAGAGCCUGCAGCACAUGAAGAGCCAAAUCAUCAGCAAGACCUCCGUGGUCACAGAUCUGGAGGAGAAGCUCCAUCGCAGUGAGGUGGAGCAGCUCAGCAGCUCACGGCAAGUCCAGGUCCUGGAGGGGCAGCUGCGCUCCGUGCAGGGAGAGCUGGCCGACAACGUGGAGCGACUACAGGAGCUCAGGGAUGUCCUACAGAGAACCCAAACCAUCUCUGAGGAGCGGCAAGCCAAGGUGGACAAACUGAGUGUUCGGCUUAGUGAGACCCAGAGGGAGUUGGAGGAGAGAACUCUUGAGGUCUUAGACAUGGACAGCGCGCUGAAAGAAAGGCAGGGGGAGCUCCAGCAGAGAGCCAAGCUGCUCAGCCAGCUGGACGUGGCCAUCAAGGAGCACAAGCUGGAGAUGGAGAGGAAGGUGGAGUUCCUGCAGCAGAGCCUGGAAGCCCGGGAGAAGGAGCUCGCAGACAGGAACACAAAGGAGUCAGAGGAGUUCAGUCAGCAGCUGCGUGAGGGCCAGCAAAAGCUUCAGAAAGUGCUGGACGAACUUGAAGCACAUCAGCGUCACCGUGAGGCUCUGACCAGAGAGCUGGACACGGCCAAGCUGCAGAUCAGGGAGACGGAGGCCCAGCUGUGUAGCGUAGAGGAGGAGCUGACGCUGAAGGAGGCGCGGUGGCUGCAGGAGGAGGCCAGGCUGCAGAGUACGGUCACUGCUUUGGAGCAGGAGCUGGAGUUGGAGAAGGAGCAGCACAGCAAGGAGCUGGAGUCUCUGCAGCACACCCGAGGCCAGCUCCUCAAAGUCUCCGAGCAGAUCUCCUCCACCAUGCGCUCCUCCCAGGAGCAGCUCACCGCGCAGCUCCAGCAGAGCCAGGCCCAGCUGGAGGAAGCAAAGGCACAGUGCAGCCGGGUCAACAGCCAGCUGGACCAGGCUAGGACUGAGCUGGAUCACAGCCGCAGCCACGCCGGUCACCUCCAGGCGCAGCUGGAGCGCAGCCAGGCGCAGCUUCUGCAGAGUCAGAGCGAGCUGGAGGAGAGCAGGGUUCUGCGUGAGCAGGCGGCCGUUCAGAACAGCCACCUGAACGCUCAGCUGGAGCUGCUCUCUGCACAGUUAAAGCAAAGCAGAACGCACGUUUCUCAGCUCCAAACUCAGCUCCGUGCCUCGGAGACGUCUGUGGAGACGUCUGCUGAUUCGCUGCUCAUCAAGGAGGCUGAGCUGACCCGCCUCCAAGCCAGGAUCUCCAGUAUGGGACGAGCUGCUGAGCGGCAGAAUCUGUACAGUCACGCUGUCUCCCUUCCUGCCCUGCACACAUUCACAGAGCCCUCCUCCUCUGCUCAUCCAUCUCCUCCUUCGCCCACACAGUUACAAACCGCCGUCCCCUCUCCUUCACGUAGUCGUUCCGUCCCCCUGUGCUCCCCGACAAAGACGCGACCUUGCUCGUCUCCUCCCACUCUCUCGUAUCUUCAUCCUACCUCAGCUCCCCACAUGUCCGGCAGCCUCCUGCUACCCCGAGACUGGCUUCAGGGCAGCAGCGUCGACUCCUCCGUGGACCUCCCUCCAAGCCUGAAGGCCGCGCUGAGUGCCGCGCUGAUCAAGCAGCCAUGGGAGUCUUCCUCACAGUCUCUUUCAACUUUCCCAGGGUCCGCUGACCACAGCUGGCAGGGGCUCAGCGCCACAGAGGCCUCAGCGGUGUCUGACGGCUCCUUCAAUCCGCUCACAUACAUGCUGGACACAAACGCGAGCGUGGAGCCUCCCACGGUGCAGCAGGGAGACGACGUGCAGCACGCGGAGUCCAGGAGGGAGUCUGUGAGUACCUUGGUGGGGCAGGAGGAGGAAGAGGUGGACAUGAGCUCACUAACAGGGAUGCUGAAGUUUGUGAAUCAGACGUUAGCCAUGCAGGACGAUCCCUCUGCCUGGAGCUCUACAAAGGAAAUACUUAGCUGAAUCCCUGCUGCGCUGCAGGGAGCCGUUUGCAAGGGAGGCAUACCAAGUUUCUACUCACUCUGGCAUUUCCAUGAAGUUUCCCUUUGUGUGUUAAUAAUCAAAUUGGAUUAUUAGGCCACGGUCGUUUUCAAUGACUACGUUUAAUGCAGUCCAUUGAAGACACACUCUUUAGUUCAGCGCAAUGUAGCGUCUCUGUUCUAUUUUGCAUUGCAAAUAUUUAUGAAUGUGAAUAGUUUUCUUAUUAAAGUCUGUAAAUUAAAGGAGUUUUUUUUCUCCAUCA